AGAGUUUCAAAUAUUUGUUUUUUAUAUUCAAGCGAGAGAAGAUACUGUGUAAACAUUGAUAAAAUUCUGUGCAAUCCUUACAUCAGAAAACUGACGCAAUAAUAGACAGAUAUGUUUCUAUAUAUCGACCUGUAUAAAAAGGAACCGACAGUCUCUCUAGACCAGAUAACCUAAUAGCUGUGAAAAGAAAACCAUUCAGUGGAGUUUGAGAUACUGAGAGAAGGAAACAAUUUUUAUAUAGUAUUUAUUUUUAAAUUGUGUUCCAGAGAAACAUUAAUUAACUAUGUGGGGAUUUUCUUCGUUUGGUUCUCCUUUAACGAACAAUUCCUUGUUCGGACACAGGAAAAACUGGAAAAACAAAACAGUGUUCACGGAUGAAUGGGAAAAAAUGAUUGAAAAGGGCUCCUCUCCGAAAGAAAUCUGGGAGUCUCGGUACGAGGAAGUGAAUAAAAUAAACCAAGACUUCUCUCGGAAGUUUGACGUAAAAACAGAGCGCGGGAAGGAGUCCUUUUCUCCUGACAUGAACGCCGCAGUGGAGCAGACGACACUAAUUUUCGGUAAAGGGUACGUGCAAGAAAUGCAGAUCCGCUGGGAAAAAUUCCAGGAAACGGGCAAACCCAGCACGGAAUUCUGGUCGGACGAGAAGGCAGCUUUUGAGAAAAACCGCCGAAUGUGGCGUUGGGGUCAUCACACGCAUCACAGAGAAAGGUGCUGCUUGAAAAAGAAAGAGAAGGAGGAGUCCGCCAUGUUUAAAGAGUUUGACUUCUAGAGAUGACGGUGAGAGAUUUUCAGUUAAGGCAUGCAAGUCUUAGUCGGUGCUAGCAUUUUUAUUAUGAAUAUUACAUGUAUUUAUUUUUGAUUGAACAAGAUAUACUUGUAUGCGUAUUUGUUUAUAUGUGUGUGUAUAAACAUGUAUGACAGAAUUAGCCUAUAUUUUUGUAUUCAGUUUAUGUUUUUGUACAUAUUGUUUAUCAGUGUAAAUAUAAUUUGUGA